AUGUUCAAUAAAAUCAUAAAACGUGGGCAUCGUAAGGUCUCCAAGUCCGAUCUCCAAGAGCCUGCUGUUUAUGGGCAUGGUGCGUCGGCGUAUAGCAAUUAUGCAUCGGUCUCCACAUCGAACGUAACAGUGAACCAUGCCUCUCGACCCACCAUUGCUACCUCCGGCCCCAAUUCUCAGCAAAAUGCCGGAGCAGCUACGAAUUUGCUUUCUCCCACUGGGCUUUCGGAGGGUAUCGUUGAAAUUCUACCUUUGUUCAGAGAUGUUUCAGCCCCCGAUCGCCCCAGUUUGUUCCUCCGAAAGGUGCAGCUUUGUUGCAUCCUUUUUGAUUUCUCCGACACGUUGAGAUUGAUUCGAGAGAGGGAGACUAAGCGCCAGACUCUUCUCGAGCUUGUGGAUUAUAUACAAUCGGGUUCCAGCAAACUUAGCGAGAACCUCCAGGAAGAACUGAUACGGAUGAUUUCCAUCAAUAUCUUCCGUUGCUUGCCCCCAUCUUCGCAUGAGAAUACUGGUGCCGAACCCACUGAUCCGGAGGAAGACGACCCUUAUCUCGAGCCCGCGUGGCCUCACUUGCAGCUUGUGUAUGAGCUGCUCUUGAGGUACGUUGUGUCGUCUGAUACUGACACUAAGAUUGCUAAACGUUACAUCGAUCAUUCUUUCGUUUUGAAGAUCCUUGAUUUGUUUGACUCCGAGGAUCCUCGUGAGCGGGAGUAUUUGAAGACCGUUCUCCAUCGUAUUUAUGGCAAGUUCAUGGUGCACCGUCCUUUCAUAAGGAAGGCUAUAAACAACAUUUUUUACCGUUUCAUCUUUGAGACGGAGAGACACAGUGGAAUUGGGGAGCUGCUGGAGAUUCUCGGGAGCAUAAUAAAUGGGUUUGCUCUGCCAAUGAAGGAGGAGCAUAAAUUGUUCCUCGUUCGUGCUCUUAUCCCACUCCACAAGCCUAAAUCUAUUGCUUUGUAUCAUCAACAGCUCUCCUACUGCAUUACCCAAUUUGUUGAGAAGGAUUACAAGCUGGCAGAUACUGUCAUCAGGGGACUGCUGAAGUACUGGCCGAUAACAAAUUGUCAGAAGGAGGUUCUCUUUCUUGGAGAACUAGAAGAAGUGCUCGAGCUAACGCAGUCUGCGGAAUUUCAACGUUGCAUGGUUCCCCUCUUUAGACAGGUCGGGCGUUGCCUCAACAGCUCCCAUUUCCAGGUAGCAGAGCGAGCUCUUUUCUUGUGGAACAAUGACCACAUAGUGAGCUUGAUUGCACAGAACCGUAGUGUGAUAUUCCCGUUAAUUUUUGAGGCGCUGGAGAAGAACAUACAGAGCCAUUGGAACCAGGCAGUUCAUGGGCUGACAGCCAAUGUACGGAAGAUGUUCUUGGAGAUGGAUAACGAUCUGUUUGAAGAGUGCGAGAGGCAGUACCAAGAGAAAGUUGCCAAUGCCAAAGAAUUGGAAGAACAGAGAGAGUUAACAUGGAAGAGACUAGAAGCUGUUGCGGCAAAGGCUGGAAGUGAGGACAUGGUUUUGGUGAACUGAUUGAGAUGGGUGGUGGCCUAUCGAUCAGAUUGAAUGACUACUGGCUUCUCUUCAUUCUAGUUCUUAUUUAUUUUUUUUUAAAUAUAUAUUUUUUUGGGUUAGGGGAGGAUGCAUUGAAUUUGAAUAUAUCAAGAAAGCCAAUGACUAGUGUAAUCUAAAAAUGUAUCAAAAUAUGUGGAUAAUGUGCUGCAGAUUAUGAAUGCUUGUUAAGAUUUCCAGUAAAUUUAUUGAUUCCC